AUGCCGAAGGAAGAUCCAGAGACCACGGCAUUGAAGAAAGAAUUAACAGAUUUGAUCGCCAAAGUAAAGGCUGAACAGGAAAAAGGAGCUGAUGCUAAGCUAGCGGAAAAAUGUGGGGAUAUGUCCGAUGUUCCCAAGAUAAGACUUGUCGUCAAGAAAUCUCUAAAAGGGCAUAUCAAUAAAGUUAAUUCUGUCCACUAUAGUGGUGACUCCAGGCACUGCGUGACUGGCUCCCUUGAUGGUAAACUCAUUAUAUGGGACACGUGGAGCGGCAACAAGGUACAGGUGAUACCUUUGCGGUCCGCUUGGGUCAUGAGCGUCGCUUUCGCGCCUUCAGGGAAUUUUGUUGCAUGUGGUGGUAUGGACAACAUGUGCACCGUUUACGAUGUGAACAACCGCGAUGCAACCGGUGCAGCUAAGAUGGUGCGAGAGUUGGCCGGUUACGAGGGUUUCCUCAGUAGCUGCCGUUUCUUAGACGACAAGCACAUUCUCACUGGUUCCGGUGAUAUGAAAAUUUGCGUAUGGGAUCUAGAGGCUGGCAAAAGGACUAUGGAAUUUGACGCUCAUGCAGGUGAUGUUGUCAGCAUCUCACUAUCACCAGGUCACGAGGAACAACAAAAAGAGAGAGGCCUCGACCAAUUCCACAAUAGCGGGCAGGCAUUUGCUACAGCUUCUGAGGAUAAGACUGCACGUCUAUUCGAUAUUCGUAGUGACCAACAAUUGGGCCACUACACGCCUCCUGGGAAUUGCGGGUUCACGAGCUGCGCUCUCUCCCUUAGUGGGAGAUACAUCAUGGCUGGUUCAGAUGACAACAGUGUGCAUUCUUGGGAUACGCUCAAAGUAUCUCACACAGGAACUCUAAAUGCUCACGAGAACCGAGUUACGUCAAUUUCGUUGGCCCCAAAUGGCGUCGCACUCACCAGUUGCUCCUGGGAUCAGAGCGUGAAAGUCUGGGGUUGA